CAGUCAAAGUUGCGUCGCAUGACUACAGGUGGAGCCGCUGGACUUGCGUCUGGUGGCUGAGUUGUGCCCGACAGACAUGGAGAGAAGUGGAGCAGCAGAGGAGCGUCACAGAGUCCCUCCAUCGGAUCCUCCAGACCCGCCCAAAGCACCGAGGCUGCCAAUGCUCUGAAGAGGAGGAUCGGGUGAAAGUGGAGCGGAGGGAAGGAGACGAAACCGUCCCCUGUCAGAAGAAUGCGUCCCUUCAGACCUUACGUCAGCCCGGACUCUUUAACAGGCUGUCAGCGCAGCUCCGGACGCAGACUCGAGGGGCGCCGAGAUGUCGUGGAGGGGACGAGGAUGUAGCUCACCUGCGGACUGCUGCGUGUGGUGCGUUUAAAGACCCGAGCUCACUUCUGGAUUCAAUGCAUGUGCGGUCCCUCACCAGUGAUGAGUUGGCUCCUGUUGUGGAUUCUAACAGCAGCUGGGAUUCAACAGGCCUACUCCCUGAAUUCCACUGCCAUGCCGCCUGCCACCGCCACCAUGUCCCCGACUGCAGACUCGUACAACCGCACGCAGUACUGCAAGUGGCCCUGCGAGUGUCCCGAGGUCACCCCCAAGUGCCCGCCGGGUGUGAGCCUCCUCAUGGACGGCUGCGACUGCUGCAAGACCUGCGCCCGGCAGGUGGGCGAGGUGUGCAACGAGGCGGACACCUGCGACUACCACAAGGGACUGUACUGUGACUACAGCUCGGACAAGCCUAGGUACGAAAAAGGAGUGUGUGCAUAUAUGGUGGGGACCGGCUGUGAGCACGACGGUGUGAUCUACCGUAACGGGCAGAGCUUCAAGCCCAGCUGCAAAUACCAGUGUGUGUGUGUGAACGGUGCCAUCGGCUGUGUGGCGCUGUGCACCGAGUCCCAGCCUCCCCGAGUGUGGUGCCAAACCCCACGGCGGGUUAAAGUCCGGGGAAUGUGCUGCGAGCAGUGGAUCUGUGACGAACCCAAGAGAGGGCGCAAGACAGCGCCACGACAUGCAGUAGAGGCCUAUCCAGCUGAGACCAGGAGCUGGCACAAAAACUGCAUUACCCAGACUACCUCAUGGAGCCCCUGCUCUAAGACCUGUGGCCGCGGCCUGUCCAUGAGGAUCUCCAACGCCAACGAGCAAUGUGAGCUGGUCAAAGAGUCUCGUCUCUGCAACCUGCGGCCGUGUGAGGUCGACAUCACCAAACACAUCAAGCCUGGAAAGAAAUGUCUGAACAUCUACAGGGAAGAUCAGCCCUCCAACCUCACCAUCUCCGGCUGCACCAGCAAGAAGCAGUACAGGCCCAAAUACUGUGGAGUCUGCACUGACGAGCGCUGCUGCAUCCCGUACAAGUCCAAGACCAUCGACGUGGAGUUCGAGUGCCCUAACGGGACGGGAUUCACCUGGAAGAUGAUGUGGGUUCAAGCCUGCUUCUGCAACCUCAGCUGCAAAAACCCUAAUGACAUCUUUGCCGAGUUGGAGAGUUACUAUGGUUACCCCGAGGUCGUGAACUAAGAAGUGACGUGUCUGUUGUGCUCUCUGCUUGGAGGAACAACCUCGCUUUAUCCCCCCCCCCCCGACUUCUUUUUCUUCUCUCCCCCCUCCCAACUUCUGUUUCUUAUGCAGUGUUUUGUAUUUGUAAUGAGUGUGAUCAUGUACAAGGGAUUUUCUUACGGUCUUUUUUCCUAUUGGAAAAAUCUGUAAAUAUGAAAUAUAUACGUCUCCAGAAUGGAUUCAUAGAGCAUGGGGGGCAUUCUGAAGAACUCUUGUAAAUGAAAAUAUUCAACAGAGCAUGUGAAAUAUUGAAGGUUUAAUUUAUUUAUGUGGCUUUUUUUCAUAUGUAAUAGCAUAUCUGUCAUUCUUGGGACGCCAGUCUUUGAACUCACAAGUCUAACUAGAUAAUACUUGUGGAUAGUUUCUUAUGCAUUUUGUUUAAAAAAAAAAUGGAGAUGGAGUAAGAUACCAAAGAUGAAGCCUUAUUUUUAAGACUCCAUUACCAAAUAAGCAAGAAUGACAAUCAGGGAAGAUCUGUUACAAGUUUUUUAUUGUCAUUUUUUUAAUAAAUACAAACUGUUAUGUCAUUUUAAUGCUUUUCUACAGCAUUAGACGGUUGUGCAUCGCAUCUUUACAAAGCUGUGUAUGUGUUCUACAAAGUAAAAUACAGGAGUAGACGGUGUCGGGUAAGUUCUAUGGCUAUCCUCAUGUUAACAUGUGGACCUCUAUCUCUUCACUCACCCAGAAAAAAAUAAAUCCACAACCACAUAGGAGCAUCGCUUCUAUAAAGUGAACAAUUCCAUGGCACAUCUUUGUUCCUUUGUGCUUGAUUGCAUAGAAAUCAUCAUUUAACAAAAAAAAAAAAAAAAAAGGAAAC